UGUGAAGAGACCAGAGAUUUAAACACCUAAUGUUCCCAAUUCCAUCAAAAACAUUUGAAAGAUUUUGAGAAGGCAAUUAUCCUGUGUCUACUCCUUUAUUUUGCUCUCAGAUAAUGGCUAAAGCUUAUAUAUUUUUCUUCCUAAACUUUAAAUAUUUUUUGUUCUGUAUAACCUUAACCUGUUUGGGGACUAGCUGUUCUUGUAACCAGGACCUUGUGCAACACUUGAAGCUGAACAGUACUGGUGAGCAAAAGCAAAGAUGGAUUAGAUCAGUUCUUGAUCCGCCAGAGCCAAUUGACUGUGUUCUUUCAAGAUGGUCACAAUGGAGUUCAUGUGAUCCUUGUCAGAAAAAAAGGUUCAGAUAUGCAACACUGGAAAGGCCAUCUCAGUUUGGAGGUGAACCCUGUGACACUAAUGACAGGGAAGAAGAGGCGUGUAUAUCAAGUGCUGUAUGUCGGAAUGAAAAAAGAUGUGAAGGAUUCACAUGUGCUGAAACAGGCAGAUGUAUCCCAAGAAGACUAAUGUGUAAUGGUGAUGAUGACUGUGGUGAUAUGUCAGAUGAAAAGAAUUGUAAGAGAGUUUAUCCAACCUGUACCAGGCAGAUGGAAGAGUACUGGGCAAUUGAAAGACUGGCAAGUGGGUUAAAUGUAAUGACUAACACAUUAGAAGGCACAGUUUUGGAUCACCGAUAUUACUCUGGUGCAUGUGCACCGCAUUAUGUUAUGGACUCCCCAUUUAGGAAGCCUUACAAUGUGGAAAGCUACACAUUUGAGACCAAAGGAAAAUAUGAGUUUGCACUUGAUGAAUACGAAUCUUAUUCCAGGUUUGAGAAAGAAACAUUAACAGCCCGUGCCUCUCAAAAAAGUGUUAAAAUAGGAUUUGGUAUCCCUGGACUGUUCAGCUUUGGAUUUAACUAUGGUGAUAAGAAGUAUAAAAAAUUUGUCAACAAAAUACGUCGUUAUUCAGACAAUAAAAGCAAGUUUGUUCGUGCUAAGUCCAACCUGGAAGUUGUCAAGUAUAAGCUGAAAGACCGAAACCUAAUGUUACACUAUGAGUUCUUUCAGAAGGUAAAGGCACUGCCGUUAGACUACUCCUAUGGAGAAUACAGAGAAAUUUACAGGGAUUAUGGAACACAUUACAUCACAGAGGCAAUACUUGGAGGAACAUAUGAGUAUGUCUCUGUUAUGAACUCACAGAAGCUGGAUGAACAAGGGUAUUCUUUAAGUGAUGUCUCGAAAUGUUUUGCAGCUGGCAUGAAAAUUAGUGUGACCAUAGAAGGUGUCACUGGGAGUUUAGGAAUGUCUGGAGGUAGAUGUGAUGGAUUGCUGAAUGAAAUUGGAGGUCAAUCUGAGACGAGGGAGCUUGUAGAAGAUUUUGUUGUGCUCGUUCGUGGAGGAGAGAGCGAGCAUGUUGCAUCUUUGGCCUAUAAGCAACUGCCAACAGCUGAUCUUAUGCAGGAAUGGGGAGAUGCAGUUCUGUACAACCCAGAGAUUGUCACCCUUAAGAUAGCACCUUUAUUUGAGCUGGUGACAAGUACAACUUUUGCAAAUGCAAAUAUAAUAAGAAGUAACUUAAUCAGAGCCUUGGAGGAGUUUGAGACUGAAACCAGCUCAUGUCUUUGUGCUCCUUGUCGCAAUAAUGGAAUUGCUGUCAUGAAAGGUACACGAUGCUACUGUGAAUGCCCGGUAGGAUUUAGUGGAGCUGCCUGUGAGUCAACAACAAGGAGAGGUGUUAUAAUAAGUGGUGGCUGGAGCUGUUGGUCUCCUUGGUCUCAGUGCAUCAAUGGACAGAAAAGCAGAAGGCGACAGUGUAACAAUCCUCCCCCUCAAGAUGGUGGUAAUGAGUGCUCUGGUCCAGCUGAGGAAACAGUUACCUGCUAACUACCUACCUAUUUGGCAAAAUGUGCAUCACAGUAUACAUUACACUACUGAUGUCUAUAUUGCAAGCAUAUGUUAUUCAAAACCACAGUCAGAUAUGUCUAUGAAUUAUGCCUUAAUAGUAGGGUUGGAAUUACAAUAAAGAAUCACAUAUUUAAAAUACAGUUUUCCAAGUAUGUAUUUUUACCACAAAGUGUAAUAAUAUCUUUAUACUACUAUCAGACAUAUUACAAAAUGAUUCCUUAUUUUCAAAAGCACUUUAGGGACAUGCUUCAAAGUUCAAAUUACAGACUUAAGUUCCUAAAUUGGACUAUCUAGAAGUCUGUGUCCACUUUACAAGGGACUAAAUGUAAGGAAAACAAAGGGAGUAUCAAGCCUAUUCUUUAAAUUCUUGAAAUAAAGCACAUGCUUGUUUAAAAUGA